CUCUUAUUAGGGUUAGGGUUUGGAAUCAGAGACUCCAUUCGUACCGAGGCUGUUGGGCUUCUGAGACGACAAAGUUGAGCUGUGGGAAUUGAUGGCUCCUGCACAGCCAAAGACAGGCCUUUUUGUUGGGCUCAACAAGGGGCAUAUCGUCACCAAGCGGGAACUGCCGCCUCGUCCGUCAAGCAGGAAAGGGAAAACUAGCAAGAGGGUUCAUUUUGUAAGGAACUUAAUCAGGGAAGUUGCUGGGUUUGCUCCUUAUGAGAAGAGGAUCACCGAGCUUCUGAAAGUUGGCAAGGACAAGCGUGCACUAAAGGUGGCAAAGCGAAAGUUGGGUACACACAAAAGAGCCAAGAAGAAGAGAGAGGAGAUGGCUAAUGUUCUGAGGAAGAUGAGAUCUGCUGGUGUUUCCGAGAAGAAAAAGUGAGGAGAUGAAGACAAUGCUACAACUAAAGUGGAGUGAAGCUGAAGCUUUUUUUUUCUUCUGAAGUUUCAUCUUUUUUUUUCUUUAAAUAAAUUUCUUUGUUUGAGUUUAGAGAGAGAGAAUAUAAAUCUGUGAUGUAAUGUGACUUCUUGGGUUUAGUUUUGUGUUUUGUUCAUCA